GAUUCAACGAGUUUUCUAGUUCGAAUGUCGAGUUUUCUCAAUAACUCGAGAGACAGUACUCAAUUAUUUAACCGUGAAAGCUUUGUUUGGCCAGGAAAUAUGAGCCUCAAAAGCGCAAAUGGCUAUGUUAUACACAAAGGGUAAAGAAAGAUCGAGCACUUUCGAGAUUUGGCAACGUCGAUCAUCCAGGAACAAACGUCGCAGCGAGUGCAGCCUAUGCUGACGGCUUCACCUCUCCCCCUAAGUUGUAUCCGUCGUGAGAGGGAGGGGUGGCCGCGCAACGCAUUUCCUACGCCACGUCGAUCUUUCUAGCACUGCGCUGAUUUUUCGAUGGACUGCUAUUUUUCCAUGAAAAAUUGCUCACCAACUGUCAUCGCUGGUUCACCAAAGACGCUUACAUGCAUUAAGGUGGAAAAAUAUCGAAGAUUUGAGCGCAAAGGAGUAGCUCGUUCGGGAACUACUUUUCAUCGGGAGAGCGGAGCGAUACAGCGCGGCGGCUGCCUAUAAAUACCCCCCCUCGAGCUGCUCGGGCAGGCAUUCCUGUUUUCACCUUCGGACGGUGCGGACUUUGUCUCGCUCGGCGGCUGGCUUCGAAAGUCCCGUUUCCUGUUUCUCGGCGUGUGGAGGAUAUUCGAGGCUUCUGCACGAAGAGAAACACGAGCAGAUACAGUCUCGCCGUUUGAGAUGGAAAUGGGAUGGGCGUCGGGCGUGGCUGACUCUGGUGACCUUGGGGCUGCCUCAGGAACCAUGACCUCACGCUUGCGGGCCUCUAUGCCUGUCAUCGGUGUGGUUUGUAGAUCGUAUCAAAACCAAAGUUUUUUAUUUGUUUGCAAAAAUUUCAAUCAAAUCUUUAGAUAGCAGAGUUACUAUUUUUUUACUAUUUUAUGUUACUUCAAACGAACUCUAGUACCUGUAUACGAGAAAAAAGACUUUAUUGCAAGAUUAAUUGUUUCAUUGAGAUUAGUGAAAUGUAUUUUUUAUUAUAAAUUGUAAUCUAUUCUGGUGUGCAAUCAUCAAAACAAUAUUAUUUAUACAAAAAAACAACUGAGUAUCAUCAAAAAUGAUGUUAAAAAUAAAUAAACAUUUUUACUAAAAAAAUAAAACAAAGAAGUAUACUGAUUUCCCACAUUAAAAUGUUCACUCUUAAUCUAUUAAUUUCGUCACUCCUUUUCAGUAUGGAAAUCGUCUUAGAAAUCAUUGCGAGUCCAGAGAUCAAAAAAGGUAGCAGUCCGGGUUGUUGGCAGCAGCGUGAUUGGCCUUUAAGAUACUCAAAUAAGAAAUUGUGGUGAGCGGAAUGAUUGUAUUGGGGAAGGAUGGGAGAAAGUCUGUUUUUUUAUAGACGGCCAAACGCAGUACAGCCCGAUUCAGAUUCGCACACAACGUUGAGUUGUACACGAACACCUUACCUUCGCACGCUCAUGUAUCGUCCGGUCACUCCAUCACUAAUUCGUCCCACCAGAUACAAAGUGAGAGAGAGAUUACGAGGUGGAAAAGUCGGAAACGAUCGAAAGGGUGAGCGGGUCAGUCAAUUAAAAAUGCCCCCCAAAAAUACUAUUUUCUCAGGUUAUAAGCGGAAAGUGAAAUACAAGGAGGUUGGUUAUGAUUCGGCUAUCGGCGAUCCUCAAACGACAAUCAACAUCAACCUAAGCGUCACACAAAUUUCAAUUCUGCCACAGCCUUAUGCAGGUUAUCGUAGAAUUAAAUAAUUCUCCAGGUAUGGAGGUAUUUGCAUGAAAUUGGAAAAAUAGUUUAUUGAUACCAAAACCGAUUUAAUAUUAUACUAAGAUACUGUAGUAGUAUUGCUCUUUCUUGCCCCCAAGUGGGGCCAAAAUAAUCGGUAUUUUCGCAGAUAAAUCAAGGAUGAUAGUGCGUUCAUGAGCAACAAAAAGUGGCCUUGAACAUUAAUCACUACAUGAAGGGGGGUGAAUUUGGAGUAGUUAUGGCGAUAUUUACCAGGUACAAAAGUCAUUGCAUGGAAUUUUCAAUUUAAAGUACAAUCAAUAUAGACAGACUCAUUUAAUGGAAAGAUUUAAUAGUAGAAAUUUAAAAAUCAAUGUAGUUGUGUAUUGCUUUACCUCUAAUGGGUCCAGAAUAAUCGGUAUUUUCACAGAUUAAAACAUGGCCAAUCGCUGUUAAUACGUUCAUAGACAACAAUACAGUAACAAGUAUAAGAUGCUGUAACAGUACAAAAACAAUCCAUCGUGAGUUAUAUAUAAUGUUUCCAUACAUUUAUACGAUAAUCAAGUAAUGAUUAUUUUAAUCAAACAAACAGUUUUACACUUAAAAAUCAAUCAUAAAGUAAACAUGUAGUUCUCCUUUACCCCAUAAUGAGGGCAGAAUAAUCGGUAUUUUCACAGAUUGAAGCUGCUGUAAGAGUACAAAAACAGUUUAUCGUGAGUUUAAUAAUAUAUUUUCAUGAAUUUAUAUGAAAAAUAAGUAUUGAUUACUUUGAUUGAAAAAAAAGUCUUAUUUGAAAUUCAAAAAUCAAGAACGUAAUCUAUGUAGUUAUAACCUUCUUUACCCCUGAUAGGGGCCAGAAUAAUAGGUAUUUUUACAGAUUGAAACAACAAUAAUAUCGAUAAGAUUAUAAACAACAGUGCAGAGUAUGAGCUGUUGUAAGGGCGCUAAAACUGUUCAUUGUGAAAAUUAAGUAUUCAUUGCUCUGAUUAAAUAGAUCAUAUAUUUAAAAAUUAAAAAAUCAAUCAUGUUAUCAAUGUAGUUAUAUCCUCUUUUACCCCAUAAUGGGGGCAAAAUAAUUGGUAUUUUCACAGAUUUAAACAACAAUGUUGCUUUCAAUAAGUUUAUAGACAACAAUGCAGCAUCGAGUAUAAAAUGCUGUAAGAGUACAAUAACAAUUUGUUAGUUAAAUAAUGUUUCCAUGAAUUUAUAUGAAAAUUAAGUAUUAAUUAUGUCAAACGAAACUUAUCAUUUAUUUAAAAAUUAAAUCAGUAAUGUUAUCAAUGUAGUUAUAUUCUCUUGUACCCCAUAAUAGGGGCAGAAUAAACGGUGUUUUCACAGAUUCAAACAAUGAUGUUGCUAUCUACAAGUUUGUAGACAACAGUGCAGUAUCGAGUCUAAGCUGUUGUAAAAGUACAAAUAUAGUUGAUCGUGAGUUAUCAUUUUCAUAACUUUGUAUGAAAAUUAAACUGAUUCAAAUUCAAUUUUCAUUGCUUAAAGAAUUGAGAAUGUUAGAAAUUUUGUGAUUGUCUUUAUGAGGCUAAGAUUAAUUCAAUAUGUCCAGAUAAUUUAAUGAAUCAUUUAUAUAUUUUUAAAUCCAUUUUCAAGUCAUUGAAUAAGAUCAAUUAAAACAGAUUUUGCCAACUAUAACAAAAUAAGGAAAAACUAAGAUUCAUACAGCUAAGUUUUGCUUUAAAAGGCAUUUGUAUAAGGUCUGACAGAUGAUUAGAAAACAUAAAUAAAAUAAAAUAGUAUUGAAACAAGCAUUAUUGCAAUAAAUAUUUGAUUAAGGAAAAGCUAAGAAUUUCAUGGAUAAGUUUUUAAAUAUUUCGUAAAUUUAUACAUUUAUUUUUUCACGUGAGGGACGAGAUAAUCGUUAUUUUCACAGAUAAAAAUGAAGAAGGUCACAAUGAAAAGAAUACCUAUCGGGAUUAUUAUAAUGCAGCAGUAGUAGGAAACUAAUAAAUAGCGUGAGUUAAUGAUUUUGCACAUUUGGAUAAUGUUAUAAAAUUAACUAAAAUCUUAAUAGAACCCUUUAAGUUUGAUAACUUGUUUAACUUUUAUUUAUAUAUAUAUAUGUAUAUAUGUAUAUAUAUCACAUUGUAUUGCCUAUUUAAGGGCUAGAUAAACCAAUAUUUUCACAGAUUGAGGUUCAUGAAAUUCAUCACGAGUCGAGAUUUAGAGAGUAAAUAUUUCAGUUUUCAGGUACUGAUUUUAUUAAUUUUUUUUUCACUUUCUCUUUAAUAAUAAAAAAAUGUUGAUAGUGAUAGAACAUUUCUAUAUUUUGUUGUGCCAAUACAUAUUGGAUAUACUGCAUUUUCCCUUGUGGGAUGGAAUAUUUGUUAUUUUCGCAGGUAGAACAGUCAAAAAAGCGUUUUUGAGGAAGUUAAAUAAGUAGUAGAAAAACAUUUUUAAUAUUUUGCUGCACACUUCUAUAUAUAGGAUUUAUAACUAUUCCAGUUAUAAAUAAAAUUUUUUGCAAGAUAUAAGUAUACAUUUGUCUCUUAUGUUUGUCUGUUUGCCUUAUGGGCCAAAAUAAUUGUUGUUUUCGCAGAUUCAAAUCAAGGAUAUUGCUUUAAUUCAUCUUUGUUGGUUACUAACGGUUACAGCAUUGCUACUGUCUAGAAUGUAAGAUAGCCAUUCUCUGCUUUAAGAAUUGAAUGUUGAGCUCGUUAAUACAACACUGUUUGCUGUGGAUACUUUGACUACCUUCUGCUUUUGGCUAAUAAGAAUACGACCAACACGUGAAAGUUACGCAUGAUUUCAUGGUUCCGGGUAAAACUUUAUAUUGUCAUUUUAAAAUUGAUUGAAAUUAAAACAUAUCCAGGGGGAUGGGCAAUUCGUUUUUUUUUUUUUUUGAGCUUCAGGAUAUAAGAGAUGCAGUGCACAAUUCAAGAUUUGAGACAUCAAGCAAAUAAUCGACUAUCGAAUGGCAUUCUAAUUAUUCUAAAAAUACUAUCAGGUAUGCUUUAUUACGAAAAUAUUGCAUCAUAUAUAUACAGUGUAUGGGGCGGUUGUGUUUAUUUUUUCCUUCAGGAGAUGUGUACCACAUUAGGAUUGUCCCAGAUAAGAAGAAACUGCGAGAAAAGUAAGCGUAUUCAUAACAUUUUUGGGGAAAUUAGGGGAAUGGAAAUCUUCUUUGCUUCAGAAUAUCACGAUUCCUGCUGUUAUGUAAAAAUUGAGUCCUCAUAUAUGAGCAGUUUUUCCAAUCCAGCCAAAAUUAAUGUUUAUAGCUAAACAUAUUUGUGCUUGUAAGUCUUUUUUCAAAGUUAUCAAUUUAACAUACAUUCUAAUUUGUAGUACUUUUAUAUUUUAUACACAAUUAUGCGCAUAUAUGUUAAGAAAAUAGCUGUUAAGGGGGGAGAACACUUUUUUUUGAGCUUCAGGAAUGCAGAGCAGAAUAAGUAUUUAUUGCAUAUAAACAAGACAUUUGCUGAAUUGUGUGGUUUGGACAAUCAAAAUUGGAUGCUUAAUGCUAGAUAGAAUUUUUUUAUGGACAAGUGAAGGUAUCACUGUUUCUUUUUCUGAAUUAAUAUUCUUCACUAAAAGAACAUUAACAGUAUUAGUCGUUGAAUGAAGCUGAUUGUUAGUGUUUUAUUGCAUUUAUGUACAUAAAGUAAAUGUAGAACUAAACAAAAGGCAUGCAUCAUCAGCAUUAUAAAGAGGUAUUUUGGAUAUUUUUCUGCAGGUUGAAUCCGUGAAUUUUCUGUAUGUUUGUACCUAAUACAUGUUAUUUCAAUCCUUUGAAUCAUUAUAAGAUAACUAUGACUUGAACAUCGUUGAUAGCAACGUAUAAAGGUGUAAAAAAUUGCUAUAAUUUACAUCGAAAAAUGCAUGGAUACAUAACUAAAUUAAGGGCAUAAGCUUUUUCACAAAAUUGCCAGAAAUUCUAAACAAUACAUGCACUAUUGGUCAAUUUACGUUUUUAAUUGUUUUUUAUGUGCUUUUAUCACAAAGUUACACUUUUGUUAGAAUGCUUAAAUUUUCAGGAUAAUUUUCAUGUGCAUUUUGAGGUACUGUAUAAAAUAACCCUAGUUAACGAAAUUUUUUAAUGUAUAUACUCUAACAUAAUUGUAUUUAGGAAAAUAAUUUGCAUUUUGAAUCUUAAUUGUUUUGCUUUCCAUUAUCUAUGGUUUUUCUAUCUGAGAGAAGUAGAUCUAACAGAAAAUUAGAAAUAGAUUUGCAAUAAAUAAAAAGACAAGACUUUUAAAUUAUUACCAAAUAUUACCAAAAUAAAUGAAAGCAGUAAUCAAGGUAUUAAAUGCACAUGGCAUUAGAUUGAAUAAGAAAAGAUUAUUAUGGAAAACUGAAGCAUAACAGAUAUAAUAAAAAAAUUGUUAAAAUUUAACGAGUAAAAUAAAAAGUAAAAUAAAUUCUGGACCAAGCAAGUGAAGCAUUAUGUCAGCAAUUAUAGUUUGAUAAUUUUAAUUGAAGAAUGAAAAAAAAUAUAAUUAUUUCAGUAUAUUGAGAUAAUAUAAAUGAAGUUAUUUAAAUAUAAUUUAAAAGUCAAUAAUUAAUAAGACUGAAUGUAUACUGUUUGAAAUUAGUAAGGUGAAGUUUAAUAGUUUAUGAAUUUAAUUUAAAAUGAGCAAUAUUGAUGUUUACAAUAUUAUUAUUUGAUUUGUGUUGAUAUUUUUUAUUCGUGAUCAAGUACAUGUUAUAAGUGAAAGUUUAUCUGUGAUGAUGUUUACAUGAAAAAAAUUGUGAAUUGAUUGGAUUAAAAAAUUAAAUGUUUAAAUAGCUGAAAUACAAAGAAAUACAAGAAUUUUACAUUGAAAAAAAAUGCGAAUCACAGAAAACAGAAGGAAUAAGUAUUUUUAUAGUUAAAAGUGAGUAGUUUGGUGAGUGAAUUUAUGAAAUCAGAAAGCUAAUUUUUGAACUAAUUUAUCUUAUUGCACUAUUGUACAAAACUUACUUUAAAAUAUUGUAAUAAACUAAGGGGGACUGGGGAUAACUAAUCAAUGUCCAAACUUAUACUAUAAAUUUAUAAAUUUUUCAGAAAGCACUUAUAUGAACACAUAUAUACACAUAAUUGUAAUUCUCGUUAGAUGUGAUUACAUUUUUAUAUGCAAAUAUUGAUGAGAUCUGCUAUUUGUAAAUAUAAUUAAAUGAUUUUGAUGGGAUGCAUUAAGGAAAAAUGAAAAGGAGUAUUUAAAAGACAGUUGAAUCUGUAAAUGUUGCAAAAAGAAAUUUUAUUUGAGCAUGUGUAAGAAAAUGUAAUUGUCAAUGUUGAGGCAUAAGUAGGUCGCCUGUCCAUACCAACAGCCUAAUUGCAUUUCAAGCAUUGCAUAGUCACUACACGGAAUAAGCAAAAAUCUAAGUUAUCACAAUAGAGCAGCGAGUGCACACCAAAUGUCCCAGAAACACAGCAACUAUAUCGAUGGGUUUCGAUACGUGAGUUAACCCUCUUCCUUAUAAAAAUAUCUCCCUGCUAACCAAGUGUUUUAGCGACUGGAAAUUCGCGUCAGUCACUUAGCACACGGAUCUUAACGAGCGACAAAGGAUAACGAGAUCAUGUAUGCAACGGAGUUGGCCAACAGUCCCAUGGCUGUCCGCGUCCACUCAUAGGCAACACUAUUCAAAUGGUGGCCAUUCACUUAGAGAACCGCUAUUCUUUCAUAAGACACUCACCGCCUUGUGGGUGAUUUCAAACUACCCAGAAAGUUGACGUCCGCUCGUGGAUUUUUUAUACAAAGCAGUGUCAAUCUACCCCAGAAUACCUGAUGCUUCCGUUGGGGUCGUCCUUUUAUUCUGGCAACACCGAACACUUCGGAAGUUAAUGUUUGUCCACGCCUCAUCAAUUUCAUUCCCUCAGCACCUGCAGUCCUCCCUGGAGAGCUGACAUCCAUCAUGGUCAUCCACUCAGUUUAGGCUGCACGGUUGCAGUUCUGCUGGUCGUCUAUACCUAUGCGGUGCGGACUACAGUUGCUGUUUGCGGUCUACCGAAUUAUCUGCAUCAACCAUAAUCGAAUGGCUUCAACCUCAGUCCUGCGGGUCAUGCAUCUGCUUGGACUUCAGUUGCCGUUCAGCGGGUCGACUACCCAUUUCGGACGGCUACGAUUGCGAUCUUACGGGUCAUCCACCAGCUCCGGCGACUACAGUCCAUCUACUUGGCGAUUUCGGCUCUGAUCCAUCGGGUCAACUACCCAGUACAGACGGCUGCGGGUCAUCCACCUGCUCUACGGUUUCGGUAGCCAUCAUGCCGGUCCACUAUCCAAUUCGGACGGCUAUGGUUGCAGUUCAGCAGGCCUUUGCCUGCUUGAGCAGCUACGGUUGCUGUCCAAAGGGUCGGCUACCUGGUUCGAACGGCUACGGAUGCGGUUCAGCGGGUUAUCCACCUGCUCUGGGGGCUACAGUAGCUGCUCUGCGGGUCAUUCACUUACUUGGCGAUUUCGGCUCUGGCCCAUCGGGUCAACUACCCAGUACAGACAGCUGCGGGUCAUCCACCUGCUCUACGGUUUCGGUAGCGGUCCUGCCGGUCAACUACCCAAUUCGGACGGCUAUGGUUGCAGUUCAGCAGGCCUUUGCCUGCUUGAGCAGCUACGGUUGCUGUCCAAAGGGUUGGCUACCUGGUUCGGACGGCUAAGGAUGCGGUUCAGCAGGUUAUUCACCUGCCAUGGUGGCUACAGUGGCUGUUCUGCGAGUCAUCCACUUGCUUGACGAUUUCGGCUCUGGUCCAUCGGGUCAACUACCCAGUACAGACGGCUGCGGGUCAUCCACCUGCUCUAUAGUUUCGGUAGCGGUCCUGCCGGUCAACUAUCCAAUUCGGACGGCUAUGGUUGCAGUUCAGCAGGCCUUUGCCUGCUUGAGCAGCUACGGUUGCUGUCCAAAAGGUCGGACGGUUCGGACGGCUACGGAUGCGGUUCAGCGGGUUAUUCACCUGCCAUGGUGGCUACAGUGGCUGUUCUGCGAGUCAUCCACUUGCUUGGCGAUUUCGGUUCUGGUCCAUCGGGUCAACUACCCAGUACAGACGGCUGCGGGUCAUCCAUCUGCUCUAUAGUUUCGGUAGCGGUCCUGCCGGUCAACUACCCAAUUCGGACGGCUAUGGUUGCAGUUCAGCAGGCCUUUGCCUGCUUGAGCAGCUACGGUUGCUGUCCAAAAGGUCGGACGGUUCGGACGGCUACGGAUGCGGUUCAGCGGGUUAUUCACCUGCCAUGGUGGCUACAGUGGCUGUUCUGCGAGUCAUCUACUUGCUUGGCGAUUUCGGCUCUGGUCCAUCGGGUCAACUACCCAGUACAUACGGCUGCGGGUCAUACACCUGCUCUACAGUUUCGGUAGCGGUCCUGCCGGUCAACUACCCAAUUCGGACGGCUAUGGUUGCAGUUCAGCAGGCCUUUGCCUGCUUGAUCAGCUACGGUUGCUGUCCAAAAGGUCGGCUACCUGGUUCGGACGGCUACGGAUGCGGUUCAGCGGGUUAUUCACCUGCCAUGGUGGCUACAGUGGCUGUUCUGCGAGUCAUCCACUUGCUUGGCGAUUUCGGCUCUGGUCCAUCGGGUCAACUACCCAGUACAGACGGCUGCGGGUCAUCCACCUGCUCUAUAGUUUCGGUAGCGGUCCUGCCGGUCAACUACCCAAUUCGGACGGCUAUGGUUGCAGUUCAGCAGGCCUUUGCCUGCUUGAGCAGCUACGGUUGCUGUCCAAAAGGUCGGACGGUUCGGACUGCUACGGAUGCGGUUCAGCGGGUUAUUCACCUGCCAUGGUGGCUACAGUGGCUGUUCUGCGAGUCAUCUACUUGCUUGGCGAUUUCGGCUCUGGACCAUCGGGUCAACUACCCAGUACAGACGGCUGCGGGUCAUACACCUGCUCUACAGUUUCGGUAGCGGUCCUGCCGGUCAACUACCCAAUUCGGACGGCUAUGGUUGCAGUUCAGCAGGCCUUUGCCUGCUGGAGCAGCUACGGUUGCUGUCCAAAAGGUCGGCUACCUGGUUCGGACGGCUACGGAUGCGGUUCAGCGGGUUAUUCACCUGCCAUGUUGGCUACAGUGGCUGUUCUGCGAGUCAUCCACUUGCUUGGCGAUUUCGGCUCUGGCCCAUCGGGUCAACUACCCAGUACAGGCGGCUGCGAGAUAUCCACCUGUUCGACGGUUUCGGUAGCGGUCCAGCAGGUCAACUACCCAAUUUCGAUGGCUAUGGUUGCAGUUUAGCAGGCCUUUACCGGCUUGGCCAGCCUCGGUUACUGUCCAAAGGGUCGGUUACCUGGUUCGGACGGCUGCGGAUGCGGUUCAGCGGGUCCUCGAUCUGCUCGGGCUGCUUAAGUUACAGUCCUGCGGGUUUUACGUCUGCUUAGGCGGCUUUAGUUGCAGUCCACCAGAAGUUUACUAGGGUCAACGUCGUUCUGCUUCAACAACUUCGGAAGAAGGCUUCUUUGCUGCCAGCUUCUGGGUACCUUCAUUGCAGUCCAGCUUCCUUCGAUCGGGUCUUCGGUGCCCUGAUGAUGCAGAAAAUGGACUGCGUAGAGUGUUCUUGCGAAAUCUGGCCUCUGAUGAUCUUCUGGAGGUGAUGGAGACAGGCCAUCUGUCCUGGCUAUGGGUUCAUGUUUCGGAUGUCCACGGCUUCUGUUACUGCGUUCAUCUUCCUUGUGGAGUACGAGGGUUUCCGGGUUGUUUCAUGUUCAGAUUAAACGUAGACUUCCGACUACGUAGAUGCAGAGUUCCAGCCAAACAGCAUCUCUUUUACUAAAAAAAAAUUUCUUUUAUUGCUGCCUUAUUGUGGAACAUAAAUUGAGAGUCUCUUUGGUGACGUCACAAUUAAACUCAUUAAUAAGACAAUAGUUAAAAAAUAUAUGACGCCUUUGCAAAAAUAACUUUGUCAAAAAGAAAAAAAACAGCAAAAUAAAUUCAUAAAAAAUAAAAAGUUAAAAAUAAUUGAAAACAUAAUUGUACAAGAAAGAAAUUCUUCAAAUAUAUUGAAAGUCUUAAAAACAUCAAAUAAAUUAACCAGAAAGAAAACAAAAAGAAUCGGAAUUUAAAAAAAGAAAAGGAAAAAAGAAUGAAAAAAUUUAACUAAAAAAGGCAAGUGUUAGAGGGGGUUACGUGACGGCAGCACAGAAGAGGACCAUCUUCAUCAUCGUGGGAUUUUCUAUCUGGCGGCAGCGCGGGAUAAAGCUUUGAACUACGCAGGACAUCGUGGGUUUUUUUACGGACUAUGGACUUCUAGCGAACUUCGGAAAUUAUCCUGGAAUACUCGGAGAUUUCGGCGAUGAAUGGUGGACUUCGAGGGAAAAAAUGGAUAUAUCGGGACUUCUUGUCCAAAUCAUUUUUUGUUUUGUCCCAAUUUUCAUCUAUACCUAAAUGCUGAUUAGUUCAUUUAAUCUGCUUGAAGGAUAAAAAUCAAUUGAAGAAAAAUAGAAAUUACUGGAUACUAUGUUGGUGAUGUUUGGACCAGAUGAUAUAUAUAUAUAAACGUUAAAAAA